AUGAAGAAGGCUCUGACAGAAUUCAAACUGAGCAGCUCCUCAAAGUUCGUCAAGAUUCUGUUGGUUGGACCAAUUGGUGCAGGCAAAUCCAAUUUCAUAAACUCUGUCAACAAUGUCUUCCAAGGUCGUAUGACGUGCGCCGCCUUUGCCAAUGCGGAGAGCUCUGGCGCCAGCUUUACUUUAAAAUACAAAACCCACUACACUAAAAGCGGACAUUCCAAGUUACCCUUCGUCUUCAGUGAUACCAUGGGUCUUGAGGAAGCAGAAUCAGAUGGGGUCCGCACCGAUGACCUCAUCAAAGCCUUACAGGAUCAAGUGAAGGAAGGUUACACUUUUAAUCCUGUAUCCUCACUGUCUCUGAAUGACCCAGGAUUCGUAAACAAUCCUGAUCGUUCUAAGCCAACCUGCUGUUUAGUGUUUGUUCUGCCAGCAGACAAAGUUAAAUUAAUGAGUUUUAAAGUCUUUGAGAAGCUGAAAAGAAUCAGGAAGGAAGCCACUAAAAUGGAGGUACCCCAGGUACUGCUCCUGACCAGGGUCGACAAAGCAUGUCAGCUGGUCGCAAAGGAUCUGAAAAAGGUUUACACGAGCAAGAAAGUCAAAGAACAGAUGGAGAUCUGUCACAUCAAUCUGGGCAUUCCCAUGGUCCACAUCUUUCCUGUUAAGAACUACCAUGAGGAGAUUGACACACAAAAUGACAUAGAUGUUCUGAUUCUAAAGGCUUUGACCCAGAUUGUACAUCUGGCCAAUGACAAAUUUGACGAUGCAAAUCAUCCUGUCGAUACUUUAUGA